AGGCCCCGCCCCGCCCUCCGCUUCCUCCCAGCUCCCUGGCACUGGGGCCGCUCGGGCAGAGGAACCGGAGCGGCGAGGCAGCGGCGGCGGCGAUGGCAGGGAAAGAGUUGGAGCGGUGCCAGCGGCAGGCGGAUGAGGUGACAGAAAUCAUGCUCAACAACUUCGACAAGGUCCUGGAGCGCGACGGGAAGUUGGCGGAGCUGGAACAGCGUUCAGACCAACUCCUGGACAUGAGCUCCGCCUUCAGCAAGACAACCAAGACUCUGGCCCAGAAGAAGCGCUGGGAGAAUGUCCGUUGCCGGAUCUACUUGGGGCUGGUAGUAGGCGGUGGUCUGCUCAUCCUCCUGAUUGUGUUGCUGGCCAUGUUUCUCCCACAAAGCAGCAAGGGCAGCAGUGCCCCACAGGCCCAGGAUGCAGGUGCUGCCUCAGGGCCUGGGGAAUGACACAGCUGGGCCUGGAAAAGAGGCCGAAUAGCCACACUGGUCGGUUCUGGUCUUCAGAGAACCCUGGAGUUUGCUCCCUUCUGAGCCACCCCAGUGAGCGUGGAAGGGCAGCACCAAUUUGUGCACCUUUGUUACUUCCUAUCACACCAGAGACUGGCCCUUGAGGGCAACCUGCUGCGCUGGCCAUGCCAGGGCAGCCCCACCUGGAGCUUAGUAAAAGCUGCUGUUGGGUUAAAAGCUGCUGUUUGGUUAAAAACUGG